AUGGGAAAUUGGACAGAGUUUAAGGGAAAAUUUUCUAUUAAACCUCCCUUGACAAGUAACGAAAUUGAAACUGCGAAUAAGUGUUAUGAGGAUGCUAACGGAAACAUGUGGUUGCAAAAACCAAAUGCCGAAUUUACAACUUAUCACGGGAAUGCAAACUGGUUUGGAUGUUGGUCUGUUGCGUCUAAAGGAGAUGAGAUAACCCUUUCUUUGACAAGCGAAUUCGAUAGACUUUAUGAGGGUAAAGGAUACUUAAGGUACUUAAUAGAGCAUGGAAUCAAGAAGACUGGUUCAAAAGUCAAUGGAGAAGUCGUGUUUCUCAAUGAGUAUUGUAGUUUUGGAAUAUUGGGCGUUGACAACAACGAAGUUUAUACUGUUGGUUACUUGAAAGAAGAAGACUACCUUAAGCUUGUUGAUGAUUCAGAUCAGGAAGAUGGUGAAUUCACAUUUACUAUUAACAAUAUUCCUAAAGUUAUUGACGAUAUUUCAUUACUACCUGUUACUUUCAGGUAUGAUAUUGCUCAAAAGAUCAAUGCGAGUACAGAGUUUAAAGGAUUUCUAGUAAUUGACAAGAUUGUUAAUUUGGAAAUAUAUCACAUGACGCGCCAGAAUGAACAGGAACAACGCAAAGAAAGAGAAAAUCAAAUAGGCGAGUACAACAAAAAGUACGAUCAGAAGAUGAAAAAAGAAUUACGCGAACUUGAAGUCAAGAUUGCUAGUGAGCUGUAUCAAAGAAAGUUGUUUCUUAUUGCGGAGCAUAAUUCUGAUGGCACCGUAGGGGAAAAGUCAUCUAAAAAUGAAUGGAUAUUAUCUGAGGACAAACAAAAACUCGUGUGGUCUGGCAAAAAAUUUAUAGCCGCACACCAUUGGCUAGCAUUCUUAAUAAAUGAAUGUUUUGAUGUGUCUGGUUCAUUGAGGUGGAUUAAUGAGAAAAAUGAGCUGGGAACACUAAAGGUUGAAAGUGUAGAGAUGAGCUAUGGUCGGAAAAAUUUUUUAUUUAUUGAGUUUGAAGGCCAGAAGUAUUUGGCGAAUAUUUCAUGGUCAUAUUAG